AUAAUAACUUUACAAUUAUUACCAUUCUUUCAUAUUGUUGGAAGACAUACAUAUGCUUCUCGUGGGUUUCGGGAGUAGGAAAGGGCUAUGAACAACCUCACCAAUAACCAGAGCCAUUAACAAUGCGCAGCUCUGAAAUUCGUAUGCUAUCUGUAGAAGGUUUCCAAAACGUGAGGUUCUGAGAGUUUAUCCUGCAGCUUCAGCUUGGAACACCAGGUAGAAUUUCUGUUUAAGGGCAAAGACAGAUAUGAAGUCUAAAGAAAAAUCAAAUGAGAAGAAUUGAUCUAAACCAAAUACAGAAACGAAGUCCCGGCCCAAACCUGGAUUCAAAACUUCAAACCGUACGGGUGUCCAACGGCCACAUCGUAGCGGUGGAACUGUCAAAGACAAACCCAUUCCUCCAAAAAGCUCUACAGAAGUCAUUGUUGAUGACAAUUUAGAUAAAACUGUAUAUAAAAGCAAAGAAGAAAAUGGUCGAGGGGUCCAUACAACUCAAGAUGCAGUAAUUGAAUCAUGGUUUAUUCAAGUUAAAGAAAGGUUUGAGAGCGAGAGGUAUAAAAAAGGGCAACCUUCUUCUGAUGUGUCUAUUUAUUGGGUUCCCGCAACAAUAAGGGCUCCCAAACCGGAAGCCUAUAUUCCUCUGGUUGCUUCAUUAAUUUGGGCCCUACCAUCAUCAUAUGAAUAUUGGGUCUUACCACCAACGUCAGAAGGAUCGGCAAAUUUAUGCAAUUGAUAACUAUAAGCUGGAAGCUGUGCAGAGAACAACGGAAAGAAUUAGAAUUAGACAUGAAAAUGAUAACUAUACCAUUUAUCAAUUAAUUGCAGAAGUUCGAAAAAUAGAUGAAAAGAUUAGAAAUUGCUAUGAAGAUUCAGCAAAUGAAUACAGUGAAGAGGCCCUGUCGUGGAUGUUCACAAUGGACGCAUGCUUUAUUUUGGAAUUCUUUCGUACUUCAGUUGCCGAACCGCCCAAGGAGGAAGACAAUACAAAAGUAGCCGAGGAGGAAGAGCAUGCAAAAGAGCAAGAGCGUUUCAGCCUGUUAUUUGAGUACAAUGGUCGUCAAAACAUAUUUAGGUAUGAGAUAAUGAGAGACAUUAUCAAGUUGGAAAACCAGAUUCCACUCUUUGUUCUCAGAAAAAUACUUGAAUUACACCAUAAAAAUGAGGACGAUGCAGUGUCAGAAUUCGUUGAAUUACUAUUACACUUGCAGGAGUUUACAGGUUUUCCCUUUUCUUUGUCAUCAUCGGAUGACAAAAUGAAGAAAGAAACCAUAGAUCCUAAAAUUAGGUCAAGUUUGCAAAAACAUAUCAAGGAGGCCUCUCAUCUUUUGGAUUUCUCUAGAAGGGUGAUUAAAGAUAUAUUAACAGAUUCUACUUCUCCAAGAACUGCUACUGAUAAUUUGAAGUCCCCAUCAAGCAACUCAAGCGAUGGUGAGUCUACCCCUUCAGCUAGAAAGUUGCAUGAGGCUGGUAUCAUAUUUAAGCCCGGCACUGCAGGAGAAGUCAAGUUUGAAGGCAGACAUUUUCGAAGCAGCACAUUUUGUAUCCCUGAAAUCACUAUUGAUGAUGACACCGAAAUAUUUCUGAGGAACUUAAUUGCAUUGGAAGAGUGUCAAGGCAGCAGAAUGUCUCCAGAGCCCACAAUAAUUUCAAAUUAUAUUCAUUUAAUGGACGACUUAAUUGACACCUCUGAAGAUGUUGGCGUUCUUAAGAAAGGGAAAGUCAUCAAAAGCCUGGUGGGUAGUGACGAAGAAAUAGCUACUACGAUUAAUGAUCUCUGCAAGGGAAUUACUGACAAUCCAUAUCCCCAUACGAGGAAGUAGUUAAAGAAGUCAGAAAACAUUUGAAGAGUCGACUGAAAUUGUGGAUUAGUCAGUUUAGACAAGAGCGUUGCUCCAAACCAUGGUAUAUUGUCUCCCUCGUGGUAGCAGCACUUCUGCUUGGCAUGGCUGCUGUGCAAACAAUCUUCACUGUUAAAAAUUAAUCAGUGCAAACACUACUAAUGUUUAGACAUUUAGUUCAUUUUAAAAUACUCUUAGGAAACUCAAAUCUGUUUUGAUACAAUUCUGUAACUUAUUUUUAAUUUCUACAUUACUUACCACUGCCAUUCUGUGUUCAAUGAUCGUUUCGGUUUGUACGAGAUGGCUGUAACUUUUCAAUUUCAACUGCACUGCUGGAGAACAACAUGCACUUAGGGCAGAAAAGUUAUUUACCAAACGAUAGCAGAUCUUAGAUGAUGUCUAUUUGAAGACGGAAGUACAUAAUCUAUGUAAUUAAAGUGGAUAGUAUUUGAAGACGGAGGUACAUACUCUAUGUAAUUAAAGGAGAUAGUGGUUGUAUUUUUGGAUUCAAUUGUGUGAGUUUUUUUAGCAUCAAUAUUUUGGAUCACAUUUCAU